GGAGAGGGCAGUGAGUUUAGCAGAAGAGAAGUCACCCAAACGUCAAAAUGGCGACAUUACUAGAUAAUUAUGAACAACAAUAUGCAAUUUUAACGGCUGAUAUUACCGGGAAAAUAGGUCAAUUGUCAUCAAAAACGGCUGGUGAACGGAAGCCUUUGAUUGCUGAGCUGGAUCGUCAGCUAGAAGAAGCACUUGAACUCCUUGAGCAGAUGGAACUGGAGGUCAGAGAGGUGGAAGCUACUCAAAGACCUCGAUUACGAACAAGGGUUGACAGUUAUCAAGCUGAACUAAGACGACUCAAACAGGCCUUUGAGAAUGCAUGUUCAACUACCCACAUUGAUGGUUUAGGUGAUGGAACUGAAGAACUAUUUAUUAAUGAUGGUGUAAGCGUCAAAGAAGAGCAAAGACAAAGGUUGCUGAAUAACUCUGAACGUUUAGAGCGCACAGGCAAUCAGUUGAUUUCUGGUUAUCGAACUGUAAUAGAAACAGAAGAAGUAGGCAAUCAAGUGUUACAAGACCUGGCCAUUCAAAGAGAAACUAUUCAACGUGCAAGAUCUAGGCUGAGAGAGACCGAUGCUGACCUUGGACGAAGCUCCCGCCUUAUGAGUGGAAUGGUUUUCCGCUCUUUACAGCAAAGAUUUAUUUUGAUUGGAGUCUCUGUUGCCAUUGGUAUUGUUAUCAUAUGGUGCAUUUAUUAUGCUUUUGCUAAAAAUUCUUAGAAAUGUGUCUUUUGCUAAAACUUUAUCUUUUCUAUGAAAAAGCUAAUGCUUUCUGAUUAAAAAUGAACAUUGUUUAAGAACUGCGCAUAGGUGGAAGGCCCUUUUAAGAGGCUCUCACUUUUAAAUCAGACUGGCUGUUGUUAUGUUGGUACCACUCUUUUUAAAUUCCUUUUAAAGCCUAUUUUAAUGAACAAUUUUGGAUUGAUUUUGGAAGUUUGCCUCUCUGUUCUCAAAGGAAAGGAACUUAUAGCAAGCAAAGUUCAGAUUAAUUUUUUUUUCCUUAAGCAUGAGCAUUGUCUUUUGAAGAAUACUUAACUGCCGACCCAAGCUCCACCAAAACUUUGGUUUAUGUUUAGUAUUCCACUUCUUCAUGAGUGUUCUGGUUUCUCUGCCACAUUCCAUAUUUAUGUUGGAUAGUUAGCCUUGGAAGUAUUUAUUAUUAUCGACGAUAUUAAACAAAAUGUGUUUGAUAUGUAGUUUCUAUCUUUUUGUCAGUGUUUUAACUUACGUUUUUACAAUGUAUAUUCCUUUUCAUUCUAAUGUAGUGUUCCGAAUGUAUGUGCUCUAGUCUUAUCAAAAUGUAUUUCAUACAUCCAUGGUUUCUUGGCUGAGCACUGUUUUUAAAUCAUAUCAGAAACUGUGGUCAAAUCUCCCAAUGUUAUGAAAUGAGACUAUUUUGUUGUCACCCCAGGAGAAAUGCAGUUGUAUACAAAAGUAUUUGAUGAUGUGAUACCUUUUCCAGUCUCAUUUGUAUGUGUGGACCUGGCUUUCACAUCGUCUGUUAAAAUAUCUUGUUGAGUUUCUGUUGGUAAUUUAUUUAUUCUGUGUGUUCUGUUACCUUGUAAAUAUACUUUACAAAAUAUAUUUAUAUGUACAUGUGUGUAUAUUUCUAAAACUGAAAAUACGGCAUGUGUCUUUGCAUAUGUGAUAAAAAUAUUUAAUGCAAUCAUCAA